GUACAUUAGGCUCACAUUCAGCAAAAAUGAGCAAGCCUGCUUCCUACAAGUACCUGGUGGAGGUGGAGCCUGCGAGGCCCGCGAACGGGGACAAGCCCUCCGCGAGCCCCGUCUACCGCAGCGUUUAUGCCAAGGAUGGCUUCCCUACGGCAGACUUCAAGACUCUGUUUGAGAUGUUUGAGCAGUCUGCCGCGAAGUACCCCGACAACCAGUGCCUCGGCAAGCGCGUGAAGAAGGAGAAUGGCGAGGCCGGACCCUACGUGUUCAAGAGCUACAAGGAGAUCCACACGGAGGUUGCGAACGUCGCGUCCGCGCUUCGCGCGCUGGGCGUCAAUCCGGCUCAGCGCGUGGGCGUGUUCGGUGCCAACUGCCCCGAGUGGAUGGUCGCGAUGCAGGCCUGCAACCGCAUGGCCAUGCACUGCGUGCCGCUGUACGACAGCCUGGGCGAGAACGCCAUCGAGUACAUCGUUAACCACAGCGAGGCCGUGGCUGCCUUCGUGAGCAGCGAGAAGCUGCCGGCGCUGGCCAAGGCGCUGCCCAAGACCAAGGCCACGCUCAAGGUGGUGGUCUACUGGGGCGCCGGCAACGAGGCGGCGGCCAAGGCCGCCAAGGACCUGGGCUACGUGGUCCACUCGUUUGACGAGCUGCUGGCGCUGGGCGCCGCCAAGCCCGCCGAGCCCGUGCCGCCCAAGCCCGACGACCUGUGCACCAUCAUGUACACCAGCGGCACCACGGGCGACCCCAAGGGCGUGAUGCUGACCCACACGGCGGUGGUGGCGUCCGUGAUCACCGCCCGCAGCUACUGCUCCAACAACGGCGUGGACCUCAACCAGCACGACCGCCUGCUGUCGUACCUGCCGCUGGCGCACAUCUUCGACCGCGUCAACGAGGAGUGGUUCCUGUCCAUUGGCGCCGCCAUCGGCUACUGGCAGGGCGACGUGACCAAGCUGGUGGAGGACGUGGCGGCGCUGCAGCCCAGCCUGUUCCUGGGCGUGCCGCGUGUGUUUGAUCGCAUCUACACGCGCAUCAUGGGACAGAUCAACGGCGCCGGCCUGAUCAAGCGCUCGCUGUUCAACUGGGGCUUCAGCCGCAAGCUCUACUUCCUGCGCCAGGGCUAUGCGCACAACAAGGCGGCUCCCUUCUUUGACAAGCUGCUGUUCACCAAGGUGGCGGCGCGCCUGGGCGGCAAGAUCAAGGCGGUGGUGUCGGGCGGCGCGCCGCUGGCGCCGCACGUGGAGGACUUCCUGCGUGUCACCAUGUGCGCGCCCGUGGUGCAGGGCUACGGCCUGACGGAGACCAGCGCCGCCUCCUUCAUUGCCUGCGCCGAUGUCAUGGCCCAGGCCGCCACCGUGGGCCCGCCCACGCCCAUGACCGAGUUCCGGCUGGAGUCGGUGCCGGACAUGAACUGCGACGCCCUGGACGCCAAGACGCCCAAGGGUGAGGUGCUGAUCCGCGGCGCCGCCAACUUCACCGGCUACUACAAGGCCGCGGACAAGACCGAGGAGGUGCUGGAGAAGGACGGCUGGUUCCACACCGGCGACAUCGCCAUCCUGACGCCCUCGGGCGCCAUCAAGAUCGUGGACCGCAAGAAGAACAUCUUCAAGCUCAGCCAGGGCGAGUACGUGGCUGUGGAGGCGCUCGAGAGCACCUACAAGAAGACCUCCGUGGUGGAGCAGGUGUGGGUGUACGGCAACAGCUUUGAGAGCUGCCUGGUGGCGGUGGUGGUCCCGGCCAAGGACGUCAUCACGGCCUGGGCCAAGGAGCAGGGCGUGACGGGCGAGUUCGAGAAGGGGCUGCUGGAGGACCCGCGUGUGAACGCACACGUGCUGGCGGGGCUGCUGGAGGACUUGCGUUUGAACGCACACGUGCUGGCGGAGCUGACGCGUGUGGGCAAGGAGGACAAGCUCAAGGGCUACGAGAUCGUCAAGGCGGUGGCGCUGGAGCCGGUGCAGUUCUCUGUGGAGGACGACCUCAUGACCCCCAGCUUCAAGCUGCGCAGGCCGCAGCUGCAGGCCAAGUACCAGGCCAAGCUGGACGCCAUGUACGCCGCCAUCAAGAAGGCCGAGGCGGCCAAGCCCGAGAAGUAAGCGGCUCGGGGUGCUGCAGCCCCCACACACGGCGGCGACGGCAGCAGCAGCCGUAGCAGAGGAUGUAGCAGCUGCAGCUGUUGCAGAAAGUGUACAGCAGCAGCGGCUGUAGCAGUGGCUGCGGUGGCGCCGGGGGCUCCACAGAUGUGUCAUUAUAGAGAACAGCUGUGGGGCUGGCGGCGCAGCGGGGGGGGGGUUGAGGCGCAGCGGCGGCGGUGCGAGCGCGCCGUGAUGGCGGGGAGCCGAGUACGUGUGUGUUGCAGGGUGGGGGCGAGCUGGUGCGGUGUCGGGAUGAAGGUCGCCGCGUCUGGACAUGGACAUGGAUAUACAUACUACAAAUACAAGAGUUACAAAGGGAACAAAAGGGCAUGGAGAAAGAGUGCACAGGAUUCCUAGGGGGGACGGGCCCGCGCGCUCCUCAAGGUGAGGAGAGCGUGUGUGUGUUUCGUGUCGACACGGAGGGUAUCUAACCCGGCGUGUGCAGGGUCUUUCCUUACGCGGAUGCGCUGAGUCAUGCAGAACUUAAACUCGGCCUGAUGGCGCGACUUGGUUCCAAAGGGUUCUCCGAAGGAUUCGUAUGCCGCUGCGUGCUGGAUUUGUUGCAAGAGACUGAAGCUCGAAGCGUUUGAUCGAGACUCCUGAAGCUGCCGGUUGCUCUGCUGCUGGUGCGGCCGCUGCCACGGUUGCCGGGCUCAGGGUGAUUUCAGGGCAAUCCAGGGUGUGGGUGUGGGGUGGCCGUUUGACACCCGGUCGGGCGGAUGAGGGAACGGUGGAGUGAGACGUAUGAGAUGGGCGAUAGCUGCUGUUAGCAGCAGUGGCCUAAUCACUGCAGCUGCAUCCGUGCGGAUUACGUCAAUGCCCGCGGGAAGCAAGCCUGCCAUGGCAUGGGUGUUCGUGUGCUGGUGUUUGUGCCUGCCUGCUCGAAGCACCGCGACGCGAGCUGACCAGUUGUGGCGCCCGUUGGGGGAGCCGACCCAGUUUUGGGCGGGCGUUUUCCACUUCUGUACGCGGCGAGUUUUGGUGAGGGUGGCGAGUGUCGGCAGGGGCGGCUGGCAUUAGCGCUAUGAGAUCACGGGUGGUGGUGGCUGAGAAGAAUAGAACACCGGUGGCUGCAUACGUACGGUGUUAGGUGUUAGGGAUGCCUAGUCGCUCGCAUGUAAUGCCACGCAUGG